GUUUGACACCAUACACCCACCGAAUACGAAGCAUAAUGCCUGAACAAAAUAAUGGACUGAAGACUUGAAUUUUUGACAUUGACACGAAAAUCACUGACUUUUUUACACUACACAACACACAAUACACAGUACACAGAGUUUAACAAUGAAAGGUAGUGAUGAGAAGUAGCUAUAAUAAUAAAUACUUGGCUGCACAUUGUUAAAACAUUGCCCUCUUCAAUGAUUUAAUUUAUUCGUUCAUAUUACUCCAAACUUAUAUCAUCCAUUCAAUUCCAUUCGCUCACUUUUGUCAAAGCCAAAGCGAGUGAAGCUCAUUAAUCUGUGGAGUGUAAUUUAAUGAUUUUUGUUCAUUAUACCGUGGCCGUGAUUCCCUAAUAGUUUUCUUCAUUUACAUUUAGGAGGUCUGAAAUUAUGAAGGCAUAAAUCGCAAUAAAUAGACACCGUCAUGGUUGUUUCACCGCAAAGUCCCGCUAGCGAAGCCCUAAGCGUACAAUCUAAAACCAACAUGGCGUCCAAACAAAGUUCUGUUGCGGACACAAGAGCGGAAUUAGCGGAUUUGGUAAAACGCAAAGCCGAAGUUGCUGAAACACUGGCGAAUUUAGAAAGGCAAAUUUACGCUUUCGAAGGCUCGUACUUAGAAGAUACACAACUGUAUGGAAAUAUAAUAAGAGGUUGGGAUAGAUACUUAACAACAAACAAGAGCACUAAUUCAAAAGCAGACAAACGUAACAGAAAGUUCAAAGAAGCCGAAAGACUAUUUUCUAAAUCUUCAAUAACUUCUAUGGCUGCUGUUAGUGGUCUUGUGGACCCUGCCGAAGCAAAAAAUGAAAGGAACAGUGAGACUGAAUCACAGACCAAUGAGGAUUCAUCAGACACACAAAUUAGUUCUGGAUUGCUUGGAAAUUUAAAUCAUACUACAAUACAUGGAUCUACAGAAAGUAUAGCUUCCACUAAACCUGCAGGAAAACAGCACAUCAAUGGCAGUAUUGAGAAGAGUUUAAGUCAUCAAACUAAACAAAGUGCAACUCAAAAGAUCGCAACCUCAUCUGGAAUGUUACAGAAAGCAUUUGGUAGCGAUAGUAAAAUGCUAUCAGCAGUAGGACUUGAUAGUAGACCUGGUACACCGAAAGAUUCAAAAGACUCCUUAAGUGUGUUGACUAAAGGUGAUUCUACACCAAACUCCUUAAAACAUAAAUUAUCAAACAGCACUAGCAGCAGUAGUGUGAAGAAAAGCAAUAACAAGAAAGCUAGACACAGAUAAGGAAUAGAUAAAACAUCAAUUUAGUUCAAUUCGUUGAGAAAUUUCUCUGAAAUUAAACAAUAGAUUUAAUAAUCCUUAAUGUUUAGAAUUAUCAAAUCCCUUCUAAUCU